AUGUUGCCAUUCUCCCUGCGACACCGCCCCUUGGCGCUGUUAUUUCUCGCUGUCGUUCGUUAUGGUUGGCUGCCUCUUUACCUGCUUUGCAACAUUGAUAAUCGUGGCGCCAUCGUUUCCAGCGACUUCUUUUAUCUCUGUAUCGUUCAGUUAGUAUUCGGCCUCACCAACGGCUGGUUAGGUUCUAGCUUCAUGAUGGCAUCUGGUGAGUGGGUAGACGAGGGCGAGCGCGAGGCUGCUGGCGGCUUUAUGGGAUUGUGCCUUGUCGCCGGUUUGUCGGUAGGCAGUCUUUUGAGUUUUACAGUGGCAGACAUUUAG